UUCCCCGGUGCCAGUAUAAAGCCACGGGGAGGGCACUGGCCUGGCUAUUGCUGACCGCCGCCAUGGUCAAGCUCGUGGUCAGCGUCCUGGCCGGACUGGCGCUCCUGCUCUCGGGGUCCCUGGCGGACUACUCCCCUCCCCCGGACUAUGGCAUCGUGGCCAGGGUCAGCAACGGGGCGUCAAGGGGCGACUGGGGCUCGGAGGACAGGUGCCCCAAAGGGACCUUCGCCACCGGGUUCCGAACCAAGAUGGAGUCCUACCAGGGCCCCACCGUGGACGACUCGGCCCUCAACGGCAUCCGGCUCCUCUGCACGCGCGGCCUGAGCGGAGACGGACAGGAGGCCUACGCCGUGGAGUCCGAGAGUGGACAGUGGGGCGAGUGGUCGGAGGCGGCCUGGUGCCCCCCCGGGGGCCGGCUGGAGAGUUUUGCUCUGCGCGUGGAGGAGGAGCGGGGGUCCCCGCAGGACCGGAUGGGGGCCACCGGCGUGCGCUUCUUCUGCUCCGGGGGGGAGGUGCUGCAGGGCCCCGACCUGGGCUUCGGGGAGUACGGGACCCCCAGCGCCCACUGCCCCAAGGGCUUCUGCGGCAUCCAGACCCGGGUGGAGUCCCCCCAGGGGGUCUUCAGGGACGACUCCGCCCUCACCGACGCACAGAUGCUCUGCUGCACCCGAUGAGACACCCCCUCCCCACACCCUGGCCCCCCCUCACCUGAGACAGGGGCUUGCAAUAAAGGCGAGAGUGCCUCUGA